AUGGCGACCGCGGUGGUAUACUGUAAAACGGAUUCAGCACGGCUUUGUCUGCAGUGUGACGGUCGUGUGCACUCCGAAAGCUCCAUUUCCCAGCGGCAUCCGCGUUCUCUCAUUUGUGACAAGUGCCAUUCGCAGGCGUCUGUGGUUCGGUGCAUGGAUUGUAAAUUGUCGCUUUGUUCGGAUUGUGAUUGGAAUGGUAAUGGUUGUUUGGGACCGGGGCAUAGGCGGAUUAAAUUGAAUUUCUACUGUGGAUGCCCUUCGCGGGCAGAGUUCUGCAAAAUUUGGUCUUUGGUUCUUGAUGAGCCUAAAUCGAGUAGUUUUGAUACAUCUUGGAGCACAAUUCGUUCCAUGACUGACUCAUUGGAGGCACGGAAUGAUCAAGGGUCUGGCGGAAUGGUAGCAGACAGGCUAAAUGAAUUGGCAUCUUGUGUCAAGUUCGGACAAUGGGCUACUCCGUCACCUCUCGUUCAGUCAAAUGUUCCAAACUACGUAUCAUCAUCAUCAUGCAAUACGGAUCAAAAACCUCAAUUCUACAACGAUCAAAUGCCUUUCUUCCCAGAAGGAUCAAGCUUUCAAAAGUCUUCUUUGCUUCUUUGUGAUCUCAAAAUGAACCAGGGAUUUCCUAAUAGUAUUAAGCAUCUUGGGCUUCAUCACAGUGAUGAUCUAUAUGACAGUGACGAAAUGGCCUUGAGCUUCGACAGUGGUUAUGAGAUGUUUGAGAAUUUGCAAAAUCAGCCAAGUUACCACUACGAUGAUGGAGGAAUGAAUAGCCUAGUCACCGAGAAAAACUUUUCAGUCACUGAAUCUAAUAGCACUCAUAUUGAAAGUGCAUUAGAGGCAUCAUCGUCAUCAGGACAUCAAGAGUGCAUUGGUUUUCAAUCUUCACAAGUUGGCAUGGGUCCGGCUAAUUUGGUGCAGCCUAUAAAUAAUGCCACUGCUAAAUCCAUGCUUAUGCACCCAGGUUGCAACAGCAAUAACAUUGGCUUAGGAUUUCCCUCUGGACAACUUCCUUCAACCAUGUCUCCUGCAUGUAGUGUGGCUGAAUUUCAAGAUUGUGAAUUAUCACCCGUAUUUCUUGCUGGUGAUGCUCCAUGGGAGUCGAACUUCGAAGGUAGUUGUCAACAAGCUAGAGAUAAAGCUAAGAUGAGAUACAAUGAAAAGAAGAAAACAAGAAUGUUUGGCAAACAAAUAAGAUAUGCUUCUCGUAAAGCCAGAGCGGAUACUAGAAAACGCGUGAAAGGUAGAUUCGUGAAGGCUGGUGAAGCUUAUGACUAUGACCCUCUUGUAAUAAGGGAUUUCUGA